AUGCCACUUUUCGAAACUAUUUCAAUCGAUACUGAGCGCGUUCGUCAACUGGCUCGUGACCAUUGGGGUGUAGAGAUUGGCGAAUGCCUGAAAUCUGCACAAAAUCAUACUUUUAUCGCCAAUAAGAAUGAUUCCGAACGUUUUAUUCUACGUGUUACACCUGAUCCAAACAACAAACGAUUGGACGGCACCGAAUUGGAAGUAGCUCUACUUGAUUAUUUACACAAAAACCAACUGCCCGUAUGUCGAACCAUUCCAAGUUCUAUUACGUCAAACAGCGUCGUUCGUUUCGAAUCUUUAAUUCUUUGUCUGUUCACAUAUGCAACCGGAGAACCAGUUGUCUAUACGGACUGGAUAUGGAUGACAAAUAAAGAUAUAGUUGUCGGUCUUGGUCGUUGGUUUGCUCGUUUACAUAAGCUGACACGUCGCUUCGUUCAAGAACAGCCAGAGCUUGCUGCUCGAGCACGUCAUUGGACAACACUUCAUGAUGGAGUUCUUGCCAAUGUAGAAGUCGAUGAACGUGACAAGGCAACCGUAAUGGAUCCGACACAUUUUGGAAUUAUACACGGUGAUGUCAAUCCAAGUAAUUAUUAUUGGGACCCUGCUGUCAUGAUGCCGUGCAUGUUCGAUUGGGAUCAAUUACAACAGUCGUGGUUUCUUUAUGAUUUGUCCGCACCUAUCUGGGGCGUUGUUUCAUUGGAACGAGGCGGCUCGCCGAUUGAUCGAUCUCCAGUGCCACAAGCCAACUCACAAUUGUACACAGCAUGGCUUCUUGAAGGAUAUGAAUCCGAAGAAGGAAUCAAAGCUGUUGACCGUGAUGCACUGCAACGAAUGGUAAUGAUCCGUCGAGAACUCUAUCGACGAUUCUGCCGACUAGCGCUUUUAGAACUACCUGCUGAACAUCCAAUGGCAAAAUUCUGCAAAUCUGUAACAGAUUUUUUCGAUAAAGAAGAAAAGGAAUCAUUAGCACAAACUCAAUAG